CACCGACGCUUUAUUCUGUUCCGCGUGGCACUUCUAAACUCGCUUCCCCUGCGUACAUAUAUCUACUGGUUCUCCAGCCUCGCAACCCCCAUCCCCAAGGAGCGCCAUCAUGUAUAUUAUGCCAACUCCUGGGCACUUCGCCUCUGAUGUGGCCCCGUCGUCAACCACAACGACCCUGGUUUCUACUUUGAAGCGCAGGGUCAGCACCCUUGCGCGCUCGAUAGUAUCUCGUAGGAAGGAACAGGAAGCGACCUCUACAGCUCGCGGCCCUAGGCGCACCUCCAUCGGCAGUCACUCGUCGUCGCAGACUUGCAGUACCGAUGCGACCCUUGUGGACGACCCCGAUCGCGUACCAGUAGCCCUUUUCCGCACCUCGCGGCGGAUGUCCGCGCAAUUUGAGCCGCGCUCCGCAGCGCAGCCCGAGUCGCAUUCUUCGAUUUCGCCUAGUCCGCGUCCGUCGGUACAGCUUGAGCCUCGCCUCAGUCUCGCAGAGAUGCGAGCUCGGACGUCGAGCCCUCCGCCACCGCCGACAUCUUUCAGACCGCCCACCGAACGCUGCCCAGCACCCACCGAUCGGCGCCUGACUCUCGCCGAGAUGCGCACCAGCUGGAGCGGCCCCCCCUCCUCUUACGUACCGCCGCGCCCUACGCACUCUCUGUCGUACCCUCGUUCAUCUGAGAUGCCGACCCGCCCACGCUCCUUACACGGACCAUCCUCCUUCAAUGCAUCCUACUUCUGCUGGGAUCCUCGUCGGUCCUCCGUGUCGCUCUCCCCAUCUUCCCCUGCUCCAAUCCAGCCUGAGGCCAGCACCUCGAGCAACGUCCCUGCUGGCGUCUCUGGCACAGUCCCAGCCAGUACCAUGCGCCGCCAGCUCUCGAUCAGCUUCGCCGACGAAGCCAGCCUCGUUCAUCGCGGCGAGGAUGCGCAGCGGCGGCGGUCUUCUGCUCGGGCUAGUUCAAUGCGUGCUGCUAGCCACAAUCGCAGAACGACGUCAAUCAUCCGCAGAGCCGCAUCGGAGCCUGCCGUUAUUGCGCUGUCGGAGCCUGCGGCCAUUGCACCAUUGGAGCCCGCGGUCGUAGCCCCGCCAACCAAUUUGCCGCCAAAGACCGCUGUCGCGCACUCGAGCGCCAACGCCGCCUCGCAAGCGAGCGCGCUGCCGAACAUAGGGCGGACCCGGACGCGGAGGUUCUUCAUUUCCCGCCCCAAGUCAUGGAGCGGGAAGAAGACGCUUAGCUCGGUAGACAGCACAGUGCCACUCUCGUUGGAGGGCAAUGCGUCUAAAUUGAAGCGCCAGUCAUCCAUUGCGCCCGUCUACGUUGCAGCGGUGGGCAUGGUUGUCAAUGUUGCUUGAUAGAUGCACCGAACUUCGAACCGCUUUCUUGACACUCGAUGUUUAUCUGCUUAAUUCUGCUUGACCUAA